UGAAAUAAAAUCAUGACACAUUAAGCGCAAGUCCGUGCCAUCAACCGAACGACUAGUCUUCACAGAAAACGAGAAUUCUACUUUGUUUUGUUUUGGUGGCAGCUUCCCCGUUACCUUGGAAACUCGAAAACAACCAUGCUGACGUACACCGUCGCAAGCCAAAGUCUCAGACUCUCAGGUGAAGUCAGUUGUCGCUGGUGUUGCACGACAAUCGGGUGACAGCCAUUGAUUGUUGAAAUAUUGUUGAAAUGGUCCCUACAAUGACUUUCAUGAGUUGCUCAGUUCAAACUCGUGAACGCUUUCAAUAUAACGAGAAUGCGUUGCCAUGAAGCAUGACCGAGAACAGCGAAGCUGUGCUAAGGGAGAAACACUCCUGUCCCUCCAAUGUAGACGACGAAGAUUCGGUUUUCUCAAGUUCUCAACAGACUAUUCUCGAGGAAGUGUUUACUUCAGAUUACAAUAUCACGGAAGAAGAGGUCCUGGAGUACUGUAAUGUCGUGGGGAUCGAUCCGUCCAGAGAAUCUCACCUGCUGCCUCUUGCUCGCUCAGCUCUCUACCAACCUGUUCCUAGACCCUGGACUCCUGUGGAGGACGCGAAGGCUGGGUUAUAUUUCUUCAAUCCAACAACUGGAGAGAGCAGCUGGAACCAUCCCGUGGAUGCAAUAGUACGGGCGCUGGUCGCCAGAGACAGGAACAAGAGCAAGUCAUGUGGUGAUUCCUGUCUGGAAGACCUCAACAGUGAGGAUGAUCUGAUCUCCGAACUGCUCAAAGGGGAGAACAGCGCCUGUGAUCUCACGCGAUCUGACUGUGAUUCCAACCAUCCGUCCGAAUACCUGACCACGGCCUUGACUUUGGCCGAACAGUGCUUUAAUAAGACUUCCGCGAAGUCGAACGACAAAUCAUCCGUCCCUUUAUCCGUCUCAUGUGUUAAUAGUGAUCGUAGAGUAAGUAAACUUAUAAGAGAUGAGGAAGGAGAGAACGGUGCCUUAGACGGUCGAAAUGAUGAAACGGAAUGCGAGCAAUCAAGUCCUUCUCACAGACGAUUGAACGGGGAAAGUGAGUUUGUCGUGACCAAUCACAGCGAGAACAGUGACGUCAGUAUCGCCUCGUACGUAAGGGCGAACGACAAUGACUUCGGCGUGGUGACCAACAAGAGUCCGCAGGAACCUCCGGAAAAUACAGAGCCCGACGAAGAUUACCAGUCUAGCGUCCGGUUGACGCCUCCCGACGGUGCUGAAUGCGACGAGGUGCCAGGGAUGUUGGGAAGCAGAGAUGGGUCGGGGAGAGGGUUGGGGAGGCCUACGCUAGGCCCUCCCCCCUUGGGCACUCCUCCCGCCUCAGGUGGGCUGGCACCUCUGGGUGGACCUCCUCCUCUGGGAGCCUCCGCGCCUCUAGGUGGUCCCUCCCCGUUAGGAAGAGCGCCUUUGGGAAGUGCCCCACUCGGAGGUGCCCGGAUUCCUCCCCUGGGGGGACAUAUCACACCUCUGGCCCCAAUUGCCGCAGCUAAUAAACAAGGGCUGCAAUUGUCGCCACUGAAGUCGAAACCAUUAGGCGGUUCUCUCCAGCAGCCUCCGCCACUCAAGAGAGAUGGCAGCGCAAAUCCUCCCUUACAGAGACAAGCUCCACAUCAGGAGAAGAAGACAGGAGGUGCUGUGCGUAAUCCCCCCAUCAGCAAGAACCUUAUGCAGAACAGCGGUAGACAGCAGGGUGAUGGACAAAGUGCAGCAGCAGCUGCUGCUGCAGUGUCUUCUGCAGCUGGCUCUCCUCCUCGAUCAAUCUUGAAGGGUCCUGUUAUUGCUGGAAGAGCAGGCCCACCAAAAAAUCAGGGUGUUGAUAGAUUGGCUAUAACACAAACCAAAGAGUCGAAAAAUAUCCGCUUUGAGUUUGAAACGGAGGGAAUGGAAUUUCAUUCAUCUGAAGAAGAUUUUGAAGAAGAAUUGGAUGAAGAAGAAUUGGAAGAAGAGGAGGAAUAUGAAGAUGAAGAGGAAGAGUAUGACAGUGAGGCAGAAGACCCUGAAGAAGAAGCUAUGCUGGUGGCCAGCGGUUAUGUUGAUGACGACAGUGAAUUAGGGGGUUUGGUUCUUAAUGAUGCCUCAGAUCUAUUGCCCUCUGGUGCUGGUCAACAAGGAAAAGCACCAAAGAUAUCCAAAAUCAAUCCUGUGAAACCAGAGGAUCAUAAACCUAAACCAACCACUCCAGUAAAGCCAAAGGAUAUCCCUACAGAUGGCUUGAAGAAGCAAAAUGAAAAUACUUUAGGUCAAAAUCAGAUGAUAGAUAAGGCACCUGUGAGGCCAAAAUCGGCUGUGAAUCCACAACCAACUGGUAAACAACAGGUCAACCAAACACCUCAAGUCAUAACAAACAAAGGGGAUGCUGAUAAAAGGAGUACAGAAGUCAGAGUGCCAGAAGAAAGAAAGCUGGAGUUGGAAGGGACUCCCAAGAACAGGAAAGUCAAUCCCCUUGAUCGUGUGGUUGCCAAACUGGGUGGGAAGACAGACAAAAAUAAUCAGGUUAAGGCAGACGCUGCACCUGCAGCUCCAACAGUAAUGAAAAAUCUUGAAGUUAAUUUAACAGAACUCAUGAAACAAGACUUAAGUGAGGAUGAAGAAAGUUUGGAGAAUGAAAAGUCAUCACCUAUAGACUAUCCCACCUCAGAUCUACAUGAUCAGCAGAGUAAGGAAAUGAAAAAGUUACGGGAGGAAGAGGAAAAGAGACUGCGUACUGAGCUAGAGCAAAGUGUGAAACUUCUUCAAAAUCAGCUUAAUAAAGAGUAUGAAGGUCAACGGGACAAGCUCAGGAAAGAACAUGAAAGUGCAGUUCAAAAGCUUCGUGACCAAGAAAAAGAUAAACUUGAAGCUGCAAGGAAACAGAUAAUAAGCAAGAAUGACGAGGAAAUUAAGAAAGUUGAAGUUUCAUUUGAGAAGGAACUUUCAGAUAAGAGAAGGAAUGUUAUGAAGGAUUUAGAAGAGAAGCACAAUAAGGAGACAGAGAGCAUGAAACUUGCGUUUGUGAAAGAAAUGCAACAGAUGAAAGAAAAGUUGCAAAGGGAACACGAAGAGGAAAUGCAAGAACUACAAGCAGAGCUAAAAUCUUUGUAUGAUAAAGAAAAAGAAGCUGCACAAAAUGCAGCAUUAACAAGAAAUAAAGCGGCUGCAGAAACAGCUAUUUCGGACUUAGAGCGAAGUAUGGGAGAGGUUCUUCGAGAAAGGCAGGCAAAUAUCAGAAGAGAGCAUAACAAACAACUUUCAAUACUUAAUGAAGAGUUGGAAAAGGAAUUAGAAUCCGCAGCUCGGCAAGCUAAAGAACGGGAAACAGCAGAGAAACAAAACCACACAUCAAAACUUGCAAAGUUGAAACAGGAGCAUGAAAAGAGCCUUCAGGAAUUGCAGGAGUGUCAUAAGGAAGAGCUAGAAUUAAUUGAGGUUCAGCACAGAGAAAAUAUAGAGAAGUUGAAAGUAGAUUUCAAAGAAGAAUUAACAAAUCAAAAGGUUCAAUUAGAAAAUAAGCUUACUGAACUGAAAAUUGAAUAUGAACAGCAAAUGAUAUCAUUUGGGAAUGAACAUUUAGAGCAGAUAGGUAAUGGGGAAGAGAGAGAGGCUGAUGUUGGUAAUACUGGCAGUGAAUACAAUGAAGAAGAGGAAGAUUCACAUGUAGACAAGGAUGUUGUAAAAGGUAGUAGUGAUAAAUUUAGGAAAGAAGACCAUAAAUAUGACCAGAUAUUGAAUGAGUUACAAGAAAGAAGAAAGACACUUGAGCAUGAUUUGGAAGAUCUUAAGUCUAAGGAGAAUAAAGUAAGAGAGCUAAAGAAGAAAACUGUAAUUCCUUCUACUUCUUGUUGCAGUGGACCAGUCUGUAAUCAUGAACUGAAAUAUAACAAGAUGAAGGCAAAGUAUGCAAACCUUGUGAGUCGUAUCAAAUCAGAAAAAGCCAAAAAAUCUUUACAGAAGAUGUCAGCUGACCCUGAUAUUCUUGCAAGUGAUAAAACUACCACAGAAAGUAACACCAAUGAUUUUGAUGGUGGCAUGCAGUCAGAGGAUGUAUCCUCUAGUAUCAUGUCUAGUCCAAAGCAUUUACAUCAACCUGGUGCUUAUGCAAAAAGUGCCGAGAAUUCUAGUGCUGAUGAAGAUCUAAAAGCUGCUACUAAGGUUUUUGAAAAAUAUGGUAGAGUGUCCGAUUUAGGAAAUGCAAGAAAUAUAUCAAGGUCAUCCGUGAACUUGAACAUUAAGUCGCAUUCUACAAGACCGCUGAUAAACAUACCAAGGAAAGCUUGGAUGGAUGAUGAUCUUUUGGUUCAUGGAAGAAGGGAGCUGAUAAAAGCUGAAAAAUUUUUAAAGUCUAGUCAGGUCAAGUUUCCUGGGAGGCUUGAAGAAUUACAAGCAGAGGAUAUUCAGAGAGAAAUCUUAAGGCAGAAUGCCGGCUUUGAAGUCCACGGUGUUGAGGGACGUGCUCGCAGGCUAUCACUAGGACAUGGAGGAUCUCUAGCAUCUGAUACAGAGGAAUCUGAUGAAAUUACUCAUGAUGCUCCUUCUUCCUCAUCAGAUUUUGGACUGGACCAGAUACUAGCUAAAAUAAGUGCUACCAGUAAAAUGUCAGCAGGCGACCAUCACCGCAGCAAAUCCUUGGGAGCAAAAACUCGACCAAUAAGGGCAGCUAGUAGCUUGGAGAGAGGCUUGAAUAAAAUCUCAGAGCCUUUUCAAACUCAGUCAACAGGGUACAAUGCAUUGUCAACAAGUGCUCCGUUAAGAAUAGAAGAUUUAAAAAUAGGAUCAGUGCCUGAUUUAGGACCAGAUACUGUUGACAGAAUUGCAAGCAUCAACCAAUACCUUCAACGAAGAUGGACCAAUUACUUUGGAGAGAUGACAGUCCCUCUUGGUGGUAAAGCUGGAUGGCCCACACAAGUUAUUGGUCAAUCUUCUUUACUUGUUGGUAAAAAGAAUUCUCCAGGUUUCAUAUAUAGUGGCAAGACAGCAUCUGACAGCAAAAUAGAUACUGCACUCCUAAGUGGAAUAACUUUUAAACCUGGUCAGCAAGAAGACAUUGAUUUAACCCAGAAAAUUGAGGAUCUACGUUCCUGGUUGAAUAAUGCUCAAGCUAUUAGUGCUGCGCCAAAAGAAGUUUGACAUUGAAUAGUGGAGCAACUAUUAACUUAUCAAAUACUGUCUUCCAUAAUAAUAUACUGUAGUAUAUUUAAGUUAAAUUUCUAAAUUUGAUGAGUAUUUACUAUGCAUGCCAAGAUUUUGAAUUAUUGGGAAUGUUAUCUUCCUUUCUCACCUUACAUUUUUAUUAUUAGUUUCAUAGGUAUUAUUUCCCAAAAGAAUAUUGAAUUUAAGAAAAAAUUUAUAAUCCAAUUUUGUAAAUUGUAUUAUACUAGUUAUUUAAUUAUACUUCAAGACAAGAACUGUUACAGCUUUUUCUCUCUGACUCUCCAGAUUGGUUGAUGGUAGUUCUCAUUAAAAAAAAAAAUGGAUUAUACAAGAAUGGUAGACAGCAAUUUUGUAGUAAUAUACAUGAAAGUGCAAAUUAGGGAACUUUUACAUAACUGGAAGUUGGGUAGCCAUAUGGAACAUUUCAUAGAUAAUAGCAAAAGUAAAAUGUUAUUGUAAGCUACCUUUUUAUUGCUCAUUCUUUGUAUCUUAAGAUUAAACUAAUUGUUUACAUAAAACACAUCUAGUCAUUCAUAAUUUUAAAUAGUACACAUUUUGCACUGUGUUUCUGAAAUGUUUAUAUAAUCAGUGUUGUUGUUUUGUUUAGUGUUAUAAUUUAGUAUGUACAGCCAAUGUUUUUUUAUAUUUUCGGUCUCUUUCCACAUUGUAAAAUGUAUGAAUUGAUGACUGUUACAUUUCCAGCUUCGUACUGCUAAUCUGCAAAAAGUAUGUUUUGUGACCAGUGACAUGCUCAAGAAUUUAAAUUCAUUAAGUAAUCAUAUAUUAAUUUACUUUGACUAAUCUGCAAAAAGUAUAUUUUAUUACAGUGAAGUGUUCAAGAAUUUUAAUUCAUUAAUCAUAUUUUAAUUUACUUUUUGUAAGUCGUUUCAAGGGAGCUUUGUCACAGAUAAAGAGCUCAUUGACACCAAAUGAAUAUACACUGCAUAUGAACAUAUUUGGAAGGUACUGUGUCCUGGUAGGGUUGCCCAUUUUAUUCACCCUUUGGUUUUGAUGUGGCAUUUAGUAUGUCCUCUCAGUUUAAUUACCUGUGUAAAUUGAUUGUAAUAACCUGCCAAUCACUUUGUAAGUGACCUGAAUGAAUAAAAAAAAAGUUUGUUAAUAUAUGUAAAUAAAUAUAUUUUUGUAUCUAAA